CUCACAAAAGAGUCGUUCAAAAAGAAUCGAUUCGUGCUCGAGUCACUCACGACUAUUAUAACCGUGGUGCGCCGGGGCAGAGCGCAACACACGGGAAUCUUCUCAACGGACCGGAUUUGCUUCAUAAUGUUAGGGGAUGGAAUUACACAGCGGAUUUGGACCAACAUCCAGUAUGCUGAAGAACUGCGUUUACGUUCUGUGUCAAUCGCAUCCCUUUAGCACAAUCAGAUGCACACAAUCACAGACCAUACUAACUGCACGUCCGAAUUUAUUGUACUCAGCUGACGGAUUUGUAUUCGUAUUCGCUUAAAACUACAGGCCUGCGAACUAGACUCCUUCAGUCCUGCCCAGAUAUUGUACAGUUAGAGAGAUGCCUAUGUUGCAGCACCCAAACACUACUGCUGGCGUUUCUCACACAGAUUAUGAAUGGAGGUACGAAUACUACGAUGACGAAGAGCCAGUUUCCUUCGAGGGACUCAAAGCACACAAAUAUUCCAUUGUAAUUGGCUUCUGGGUUGGUCUUGCGGUCUUUGUCAUUUUUAUGUUCUUUGUGCUCACUCUUCUGACCAAGACAGGAGCUCCGCAUCCAGAGAGUGCUGAACCAUGUGAGGAUUGUGUGCAUCUGACUAGCUGUGUUGAGGAACUAGGCCGCCCUCGGGAGCCAGAUAACACCAGAGCUGGCUUACCUCGACCCUUACUGGAGGAGUCUCACUUUCUCUUUAACUGCUACAUUAAUGAAGAAGAGCAGGCAGGAGAGCGGUCAUUAAGCCAAACCCACAGAGUUCACACACAAUCAAGCAGCAGUGAGUCGAGCGGCCAGGUGAAAACCGGUCGCCUAAUUAGCCAGAGUACACACCUGGAGAUGAUGGAAGAUAAUGAAGCAGCUUUUCUGGCUCAUUUCAACAUCCCAAACUUUGUGAAUUCUGAACUCAGCUCCACACUAGGUGAUGAUGACUUACUGCUGGGUGAGCCACCCAUAAUAAUGGAAAGUGAAUCUCAUUCACAUAGUACCAGUCACAUUAGAGACUAAACACUUGAACCCCAGAAUUUUGCCAAAAUGAACAUGCUAAAUUAGUCUGACUGGAACAAGCAUGUAAGGAUGCUAAAUAAAGUGGCACAUCUACUCCAAAAGACAGACUGAAGUCAAUUACUGAACUUCUAUCAUUCAUAUUUACACAGAACUCAACAUUUUCUGUGCCUCAUAGCUGGCACUAAGCAGAUCUCUGUGGAUUUUCCAAUUCAGAGGUAGGCUGAGGUACUGAAAGACUCUAUGAAGUGCCUCUUGGUAAAAUAUCCUUUAUCCUCGUCUGUCCAAACUCUCUCACAGUAGCUAUGUUUCCCUCCAAGUUCUAUGUGGAAACAUCCAUUGCAAAAACAUUUGAUGAAAAGGGGCAAAUGUUGAAAGAAAUGACCAAAUUUUGUUAAAGAAAUUUUAGAUUUGCUUGUAGUGAAAGGUUUUCACAGAAAAGGCUUGUUUAACUGUGAUAAUAACACAACAAUUAAAACAUGUAAUAGCAUUAAAUGUAAAGGUUGUGUGUACAGUAAGCUUACCACCAAUGUAAACUGUCAUUUUUAUACUGGAUCAGCAUAUUGACCUGUAGAAUUUUGCCCUUAUUCAGUGUAUAAAAAAACAACAUGUGGUGUUUAUUAGCUGAAACAAUAGAACUCACCAAAUAUUAUUAAAUUGCUCACACAUUCUGUUGGUACAUUUUGUACUGAAAGUGUUUAAUGGUAUAAUACAGUCAUUUACAGAAGCUUGCGCCCCCUUUGGAAUGAAGCCUGACAAAUGUAAUUAAUAUCAACAAGGCACUUGGUAUGUUAGGUUGAGAGAUUUUAAAUAGAAUUUCUUUAUCAUAACAAAAAUGCUCAAAUAUUGGAAAAAAUAACCAGUAACUAUGCCAAAUUCUUUCUCUCCUCUCAUCAGCUUUUGUCAUAUAAUUUAUUUUGCCAUUUGGACUGAAACAAGUCUUUUGAUCCUGCAGAAAGCUAUUGUGUUUGAGUAGUCUUAUUAAAUGAUUCACUUUUUGGUAUUUCAUAGUGAGAAAUUCAUAUGUACUGAAUUUUUACCCAGAAUGUAUCCUGUUGUGGGGAGCAAUGUUUGGGAAACAGGCAUGUAACCACCAGCAACAUUCACCAGAUAUAUACCAAAUACAUGUACUUUCAAUACUUUCAAUUACUAUCUAAUAAAACUGCUGGGGAAAUAGGGAUGAGUAAUAUGGCAUUGGUAAUUGUAUCAUAAUAUGUUUUGUUUCAAACAUAUUGUUGAACUGUUAUUAGAAGUUGAAACCAAUUAUAGAGAACAUAAAAACAAUGUUCAUGUACAUCAACCUGUAUAGUAACAAGUAGCACAAUAAAUAUUUUUACAUUAUGCCAUUAUCUAAUUUAUUAUCUAACUUGCAGUAUACUGAUUUUUUGUUGCUUGUUACGUAGCCUAUUUUUGUAAACACUAAAUAAAAAUGAUUGAUCUCAUUGUAUUUCAUUAAGCAGUUUUCAGUGUUGCACUAUCACUUUGUUGGUAUAUCAUACAUACCUUAUGUAUUGCGAAAAUGGGCCUCAUUUAUCAGUCUUUCAAGUUGUGUGUAAAUGUUUGCGUGAGCCAAAUCCUGAGCUAAAAAUUUCCACCAGAUUUACUAAAGUUUCUGAAAUGCUGAUUUUCUUUGUACUCGUAUGUAGAUGUUGAUCAUCCAUG